UUUGCUCUCGGCUUAUUCAAACGUGGCAAACCUUACAGAUUCUACAUAGGCGUCUGGUACAACAAGCUCCCAGGUCAAACGAUAGUCUGGGUAGCAAACAGAAAAGCUCCCAUCUUUGAUCCUACAAAUUCAAAGCUUCAAAUCUCAGAUCUCGGCGAUCUCGUCCUCCUCAACAGCUCCAACAAUCCAGUUUGGUCAUCGAAAUCCACGGCUAAAGCUGCCAUAGCUAUCCUGCUUGAUACAGGGAACCUUGUUCUCAGAAAUGGUUCAAACUCAGAAGUUGAUAUCUGGCAAAGCUUCGCUCACCCGACGGAUACAUGGAUGCCUGGGGGAUGGCUUGGUGUGAACAAAGUCACCGGAGAGUACCAGAGCUUGACAUCAUGGAAGAGCCCUGAGGACGCUACACCCGGUUUCUUUGGGCAGAGCAUGAACCCUGAUGGCUCAAACGAAUAUGUUUUGAUCUGGAAUGGAUCAAACAUCUACUGGAGAAGCGGUCUAUGGAAUGGCCAGUACUUCGCUAACGUUCCAGGAACCAGAGAAAACACGGUCUUCAACUUUACUUUCGUUGACAAUAAAGAUAGCAAGUUUGCCACAUACACGAUGAAUGUGAAAAGUAUACUUACUCGAUUUGUAGUUGAUUCUGAGGGGCAAGGGCUGCAAUGGUUUUGGAUGAGCACCACACAACAGUGGCAGACAGAGUUCACCCAGCCUCUAGCUCACUGUGAUGUCUACUCUCUUUGUGGACCUUUUGGAAUAUGUGAUGAAAUGAAUCUUGAUUCGAUUUGCAGGUGUGCUGUUGGUUUUAUGCCUGCUUCAGAGCAG